CUCUUUUUCCUUUUUCUCGCUACGUUCAAGCAGUGUGACCACCCCGAAUUUUCUGUGCAUAAAAAAUUUUUUUUUUAUUUUCAACUAAUUAGAAAAGCAAUUAAAUUAUUUACUAAAUAAGUUAUUUAAUUUAAUUUUAAGUUAUAUAAAUCUUUCCAAUAAAAAAAGGAAAGCAAAUUUAUUGUGUUAUAACAGUUAUUGUGAUUAAAAAUAAAAAAUAGAAAUAUUAAUUACACACAUAACUAUUUACAGUGCAUUUGUAAAUAUACAUAACAUAUUAUACAUAAUUAAAAAAAUUUUUUCUAUAAAAAUUUGAAUAGUGUGUGAUUCUUUUAACAACUAUUCCGGGAUAGCAUUAUGUCCUAAAAAAGAUAAAAAAUAUAAUCAAAACGGAAUUGUACAAAUAUAAUCUUACAAAUUAAUUUAAUAAUUGUUAAGAAAAGGAUAAAGUACCAAUUACAAUUAACAAAAAAACUCUCAACCAUUGUUUUAGAAUAAUUUAAAUAUAUAAUAAUAGGAAUUUUUUCAAUUGAAAUUAAAAAAAAAAAACAAAAAGAAAACAUUUUUGGAACACUGGUCUGAAUACAAAGAAAACACAAACCUUACAAUUUGAAAAUUCUGCACUGGCAUUAAAAAUAUCAUAGGAAAAUAGAAUAAUAAAGCUAUCUUAUAUACCUGAUAACAAAUAAUCUAAAAAAUUUUUUUGUUUUGGUUUUGUAAUAAAAUAAAAAUCGGUUGUAAUGAUGGCAGAAAAUAGUAGUGGGGGUGGUCAUGUGCAACAGCAGCAGCAACAUCAUAAUUUCCAAUCAGCAAUUAAUAAUACUCAUGUCGAUUUAUCGUCAUGUAUUAAACAAGAAAUUAAACAGGAGACAAUAAUUCACGAUGCAUUAAAUGAAGAUAAUAAUGGUGAUAAUAUUAAGAAUAAUAGUAAUGGUGUACCUACAAAGAUUGCAAUUGUUGGAAAAAAUUAUACUGCUGGUAAUCGUAGCGAUCAACAACAUCAUAUAAUAUGCAGUAAUAAUACAUCAUCUAGCGGGGGUGGAGGUGGGGGAGGUGGCGGAAGUGACCCACAAAAUUAUUCUCAAAACUCUGAUCAAUCUGAACAACAACAUUACUAUAUAACAACAACUGCUGGUGCUGUUACAAGCAUCACCAAUGGUAACUCAAAUAAUAAUGGAGGUGUUGACGCUGAUUCAACAACUGAUGGUAUAAGAAAUAUAAUAAAUAAUAGCAGUGUAACUAACCACCAUCAUCAACAACAAAAUGUAGAAAUUUCUACAAUGUCCUUACCACCUCCUCAACCACCUCAACAGCAACAGCAGACUUAUUCACGUAUGACCAAUGUUGUUAUUCAACAAUCCCAAUCGCAAUCACAACAACAACGUAAUUCAUCUCCAACAAAUUGGCAUCAACCAACAUCAACAAUUUCUCAAUCCCACCAUCAUCAUCAACAACAAGUAUCACCAAAAUCUGAACAACAGAGUGCAUUUGGUAUGUUAAGACAUGAGAAUGAUGUUCUCUACAUAACAGAAAGUUGUAUUGAUAUUGGACGUAAUUCUUCUACAUCGAGUGUACAUUUUCAUGUAGCAAAAAAUAGUUUUGUAUCCCGAAAACAUUUUCAAGUUUUAUACGAUGCAGAUACAUGUGAUUUUUAUUUAAAUUGCUUGAGUAAGAAUGGCGUAUUCGUUGAUGAUGUAUUUCAGAGGCGUAGUGCUGAACCAUUGAAAUUACCAAAAAUUUGUACCUUUAGAUUUCCUAGUACUGAAAUUCGAAUAUACUUUGAAAAUUUCACCGAAAAAUCACAAAAUGCAAACGAUUUAACAACAUCUCAACAUCAUACAAAUAACCAUCAUGGAGGAAAUAUUAUUAAAUCAAAUAAUUUAAAAAAUGUAGAACAUUCAAAUGUUAUAUAUUCACCUCUUAAAAUUUCAAUACCGAAGGCGGAACAAAAAAGUCCAUUCCCAUCGCCAACAGGAACAAUUAGCGCUGCAAAUAGUUGUCCAACAAGUCCAAGGCACAAUUAUCAAGAAUAUCAAAAUUAUAGUAACUACAAUAAUAACAACAACAGUUUGCAAAAUGAAUUGUUUCCCCCGCCAUCAACCAGUUAUAAUAAUGAACAUGAAAAACCUCCAUAUAGUUAUGCCCAAUUAAUUGUGCAAUCCAUAUCGGCUGCUCCGGAUAAACAAUUAACAUUAUCUGGUAUUUAUUCAUUUAUUUCAAAACAUUAUCCCUAUUAUCGGAAAGAAGCAAAUAAAGGUUGGCAAAAUUCAAUACGCCAUAAUCUCAGUCUAAAUAGAUAUUUUAUAAAAGUAGCGCGAUCACAAGAUGAACCCGGAAAAGGAAGCUUUUGGCGUAUUGAUCCAAAUAGUGAGGCAAAAUUGAUUGAUCAAAGUUACAAAAAGCGUCGUCAACGUGGAAGUCAAUGUUUCCGACAACAUCCAUAUGGUAUGCCACGUUCAGCACCAGUUUCACCCAGCCAAUUAGAUUUCCCACCUUCAGCAGAUAAUUCAAGAGAAAGCUCACCGUUACACGACAUUGUUUUACAAUCAGCACCUGGUUCACCCGGUGGUGUGUCUUAUCAAAACCAUCAUAAUUCUGAUAAUCAUGGCCAUGAGGGUAUUAAGGAAAUAGAUAAUUAUAGCAUAUUACCAGUAGGUAUAGAAAAAUAUUAAGAUGAUAAAAAAAAACACAAACAUUUAAUAUAAAAUAAACUACAACAAUAUUUCAAAUAUGGAUGUAUAAUUAAAAAGAUAGAAUUUAUCAAGGAAAUUAUAAUUAAAGGAACGGAAUAGCAUAUAAUAAAUAUCUGACGCCGUCUGCUGCAAUUAGGGAUUGAUUAAUUAAACGUAAUAUUAUAUACAUAUACGAAUUGAGAUAUGAAAAAAUUUUUUGAAAUUUAAAUAUUUGAAUGUUUUUGAACAUUUUUCAUAGGAAUUUUUUCAUCUCAAAAAUGUGUUAAAUAAUUCGGGAAAACAAUUUCCUAUAAGUGUAUUAUAAUUUUUUUAAUAUUUUAAUAUUUGUAUGUAGAUUAAUAAUAUUUCACUUUAUAAAUAUACAAUACAAGAUUAGUUUGUAUAAAGAUUUGUAGACAAAUAAAUUUAAUUAAAAAAACGAGGGAUAUUUUUUUAACCACUUUUGAAAAAGUUUUAGUUUGUUUAAUAUUUUUUUUUAAAUUAAGGAUUUUGUGAUCUCUUAUUAUUUUUUUUUCUACACAAUUAUUUCAUGUGAAAAACAAUUAAGAUAUUGUUAUCCAUUUGCAGCAGACCUAUACAAAUUUUGUCUUAAAACAAAAAUAAAAAAAAAAGUUUUUUUAAUUGGUGUUGACUAUUUUCCAUUUUUUUCAAAAGUUUUUAAAUGUAAAAAACAACACAAGCACUUUUCGUACCUACGUAAAAAUAUAAAAAAUAAAAAAAAAAUUAUGCAUAAUGUUGACUGGUUCUCAUAUUAUAAAAUUCUUCUGGAUACCAUCACUAAAUUACAAAAAAAAAACAUUUCUAACCUAAAGAAAUUAAAAAAUUUCUGUAUGUAUUUAAAAGAGUCAUAAAGUUUCUCAAACAUAUCCAAUCUGAAACAAAAACAAGUCUUAUUAAACCACCAUUUUUCUUAAAUGAUACAAAUCAAAUUUUUUUAACGAGAAAUAUAGAUUAAGAAUUAAGUUAUUAAAAACUCUUAUAAUAUUACCUCAGACCUAUGAGCAAUAAAGUAAAUUCAACAUUAGCAAUAUUAUCUUGCAUUAAAAUUUAAUAAUAUUUUGAUUUUUUUUUUUAAGAAUUUUAAAUAAUAAAUAAUCAUGGUAAUAAUAUAAUAAUAAAAAAAUGUAUACACAACUGUAAUAUUUUACAAAUUUAAGUUAUUCAAAUAAACAUGAAGUUACAUUUAUUUAAAAAAGUUUAUAUUAACCUUGUUUUUCCCAAAAAAAAAGAAAAUAUUUUUUAAGAUUAAUAAAAUGCAUUUUUAAAGUUAAAUGAUUAAGU